AUGGGUUUAGUAUCUGCUGCCACUUAUAUUAUAUUAAUGUUUUUGUUAAUUCCAUUUAUAUUUUUUAAAUAUCUUGUUUCAUUUGGAUCAAUUUCAAAUGAAGAAGUAAUGAAUAAAAAUUACAUUGAACAAUAUCAAGCAUUGGCAAAUAAUAGAUUAUUUCCUCAUAAUAAAUUAGCAGAAUAUCUAAGUGCAAUUUUAUGUUUACAAAGUACUACUUUAUUAGGUUUAUUAGAUGAUUUAUUUGAUAUUAGAUGGAGACAUAAAUUCUUUUUACCUGCUGUUGCUUCAUUACCUUUAUUAAUUGUUUAUUAUGUUGAUUUUAGUGUUACUUCAAUUGUAAUACCUAAAUUUAUAACUGAUGCUCCGGGAGGUUAUUAUUUAUUAAACAUAAUAAAUUGGAUAAUCAAACAUGGUAAUAAUUUAGUCAUUUAUAUCACUGGAUUAUCAUUUAGAACAUUACAAAAUGAUUAUAUAACUAAAGAAUCACCAAAGUUAAUUGAUUUAGGUAUUUUUUAUUAUGUGUAUAUGUCUGCAAUUUCAAUUUUUUCACCAAAUUCAAUUAAUAUUUUAGCUGGUAUAAAUGGGUUAGAAGUUGGUCAAUCGAUUAUAUUAGCUGCUAUUUUCUUAAUUAAUGAUUUUUGUUAUUUAUUUUCAAAUAAUAUAUCUCAAGCAGCUUAUGAUUCACAUUUACUUUCAGCAAUUUUCAUGAUUCCAUUUGUUGGUGUUUCAUUAGCCUUGUUGCAGUAUAAUUGGUUUCCCGCGAGGGUAUUUGUUGGAGAUACUUACUGUUAUUUCAGUGGAAUGGUAUUUGCAAUUGUUGGUAUACUUGGACAUUUUUCAAAAACAUUGAUGAUCUUUUUAUUACCUCAAAUUAUCAAUUUUAUAUAUUCAGUACCACAAUUGUUUCAUAUAGUACCUUGUCCACGACAUAGACUACCUAAAUUCAAUGUGGAGACUGGUUUAAUGUAUCCAAGUUUUGGAGAAUUGAAGAAUCAAAAUAGUUUAACAAUAUUUAUACUAAGAUUUUUAGAAACUUUCAAAUUAAUUAAAAUUGAAAGAGAUGAAAAGAAUCAAAUUGUUAAGUUCUCAAAUAUGACAAUUAUAAAUUUGACAUUAGUUUGGUUAGGACCAUUUAGAGAAGAUACAUUAUGUUUAAUAUUAUUAGGAUUUCAAUUUAUAGUUGGAAUUUUAAUGAUUAUAACUAGACACACAGUUGGUCCAUGGUUAUUUGGGUAUGAUAAUUUAUCAUGGGGAGUUAAAUAG